GAAUAAAAAUGUGCCCUUACAGGAUUCAGUAUCCUUCAGGGAUGUGGCUGUAGAUUUCAGCAGAGAGGAAUGGCAGCACCUGGACCCUUCUCAGAGAAACCUCUACUGGGAUGUGAUGCUGGAGACCUACAGUCACCUGCUGUCAGUAGGAUAUCAUGGUCCUAAAGAAGAGGUUGUCAUGUUGGAGCAAGGAAAGGAGCCAUGGACAUUGCCAGAUGAGAGUCUACAUCAGAGCUGUCUAGGUCAGAAAUUAUGGGACUUUAAUCAAUGUGGAAAAAUCCUCACGUAUACACAGGCAUGCUGUCCACGUCAGAAAAUGCAUCCUGAGGAGAAAUGUUAUGAAUGUGCCAAAUUUGGAAAGAUCUUCACUGAGAAGUCACAGUUCAAUGUCCAUCCUAAAUUUCAUACAGAAGAAAACUUCUGUGUAUGUACUGAAUGUGGGAAGGCUUUUGUACAGAAGCAAGAAUUCAUUACACAUCAAAAAACCCAUAGUAGAGACCAGCUAUACAAAUAUGAUAAAUGUGGAAAAUUCUUUUUCCAAGAAUCUUUUCUCUUAAGACACCAGAGAAUUCCUACCAGAGAAAAACGCUGUGAAAGCAGUGAAUGGGGGAGAGGCUUCUCUCAUAAUUUAGAUCUCAGUAUAUGUGAGAAAACUCAUACAGGUGACAGAUCCUAUACAUGUAUUGAAUGUGGACAAGCCUUUAUCCAGAAGACACAAUUGACUGCACAUCAAAUAAUUCAUUCUAGAGAUAAACAAAAUGAAUGCAGUAACUAUGGGCAAUCCUUCAUUUCCAAGUCACAACUUCAGGUACAUCAACAAAUUCACACAAAAGUGAAGCCCUGUGUAAGUACCAAUUGUGGGAAGGUCUUUAAUAAUAGUUCCAAUCUCAUUACACACGAGAAAGCUAAAAUUAGAAAGAAAUCCUUCAUAUGUGCUGAAUGUGGAAAGGCUUUUACCUAUAGGUCAGAGUUGAUUAUACAUCAGAGAAUUCACACUGGAGAGAAACCUUAUGAAUGCGGUUACUGUGGAAAAGCUUUCACUCAGAAGUCAGCACUUACAGUGCACCAGAGAAUUCAUACAGGAGAAAAAUCAUUUGUAUGCAUGAAAUGUGGGUUAGCUUUCAUCCUGAAGGCACGCUUGAUUGCACAUCAAAGAAUUCAUACUGGAGAGAAACCUUAUGAAUGCUGUCACUGUGGGAAAUUUUUUACUUCCAAGUCACAACUCCAUGUACAUAAACGAAUUCAUACAGGAGAAAAACCCUAUACGUGCAAUAAAUGUGAAAAGGCAUUUAGUGACAGGUCCAAUCUUGUUAAACAUCAGAAAACUCACGUAGAAGACAGAUCCUAUAUAUGCUCUAAAUGUGGAAAACCCUUUACUCAGAGAUCAGAGUUGAUUAUUCAUCAGAGAAUCCAUACUGGAGAAAAACCUUAUGAAUGUAGUACAUGUGGAAAAGCCUUCACACAGAAGUCAUAUCUCAGUAUACAUCAGAAAAUUCAUACUGGAGAGAGACAAUAUGAAUGCCAUGAAUGUGGGAAAGCCUUCAACCAGAAAUCACCACUAGUUGUACAUCAGAGAAUUCAUACUGGAGAGAAACCUUAUGAAUGCAACAAUUGUGGCAAACCUUUUGUCUCUAAGUCUCAGCUCCUGGUGCAUCAGCCAGUUCACACAGGAGAGAAACCAUAUGUGUGUGCUGAGUGUGGGAAAGCCUUUAGUGGCAGGUCAAAUCUCUACAAACACCAGAAAACUCAUAAUGCAGAAAAGCCUUACAUGUGUUCUGAAUGUGGGAAGGCCUUCAGACAGAAAUCAGAGUUGAUUACACACCAUAGAAUUCAUACUGGGGAGAAACCUUAUGAAUGCAGUGAUUGUGGGAAACCUUUCACCUCUAGGUCUCAGCUCCUGGUGCAUCAGCCUGUUCACACAGGAGAGAAACCAUAUGUGUGUGCUGUGUGUGGGAAAGCCUUUAGUGGCAGGUCCAAUCUCUGUAAACACCAGAAAACUCAUACAGGAGAAAAGCCCUAUAUCUGUUCCGAAUGUGGAAAGACCUUCAGACAGAAGUCAGAGUUGAUUACACAUCACAGAAUUCAUACUGGGGAGAAACCUUAUGAAUGCAGUGACUGUGGGAAGUCUUUCAUUAACAAAUCAAAACUACACGAGCAUCACCGAAUUCACACAGGAGAGAAGCCUUAUGUGUGUGCUGAGUGUGGGAAGGCCUUUACCAACAAGUCAAAUUUGAAUAAACACCAGCAAAGACACACAGGAGAUAAGCCCUACAAGUGUUCAGUCUGUGGGAAAGGUUUUUUCCGGAAGUCAGUGCUCAGCAUACAUCAGAGUAUUCACUCUUGAAAGAAAAGAUAUGAGAAAACCUGACUAAGCAGAUUUGAUUGUGUAUUAUUGAAUCCUUUAAGCAGAUAUGCCCACAUGUAAAUAUCACACGUUACUGUUCAGAAGAUGGAAUCUGAGAAGGCACUGAAUGAAGCAAGGUAUGUUUCCCACAUUCUCUCAACCUCAGUAAGCUUCGAGGCAUUAAUUCUCAAAAGGAACUGAGGUGAAUGCAUUAGCAAAAGCUGCUCCUAAAACCUGUAAUGGAACACUUUUAACAAAUUCUUAGUAAGAAAGAUUAUGUUAAUGAUAAUGUUGUUUUCUGUGGAAUUGGUACAGUGCCAACAAAUUCAGUGAUAACAUAGGGUAGUGAUACAUCCUAAUUCUAUUACUUUUUUGUUGUCUAACAGAAUCAUGGGUGCUUUUUCUUUUUAAUCUAACACAGUUGUGCGUAUCUACUCCCCCACUGAGUAUUUCUAUAAAGAAAGUGAUACUGCAAUAAAAAAAAUUCCUUAUGUAUACAGCCACAAACCUCUGAGUGCAGGUUGACUUUUCUUUGUCAUCUACCACUGUGACUAACAACAGGUGUCAUUAGCCACUAGUACUUGUCUCUGAGAUUCAUAGGCCAUCAGUACAUUUUCUCUCCACACAAACCCCAUUAUAACUAUACAUUCAAACUACUUGAAUGUAUUUACGAUGUGGUAGCUGUGUUGGUUAUGUUGGUUAGUGUUGUUCAUUGUUAAUGGGGACUACAUAGAAGUUUGAAUACCAAGAGGUGAGUUUGAUUGAGAGCAGUCUUGUAGGCUGACUACUACACUGAUAUUGUCAUUAUUAUUAUU